UCUCGCUCUCGCUCUACAGCACUCGCCAAGCUACAGCAGACUCGCAGCAUGUCCUCGACGACCAACAAGCCCGACGUGAUCAAGACCAAGGAGGAAAAGGUUGCAGAGAAGAGCUCGUCGGCCCUCAAGAGCUUCAUCUCGGGCGGUGCCGGCGGUGUCGCUGCCGUCCUCGUCGGUCAACCCUUCGACCUCACCAAGGUCCGCCUGCAGACGGCGGCGCCCGGGCAGUACACCGGCGCGAUGGACGUCGUGAGGCAGACGAUGGCGCGUGACGGCGUCCGAGGCUUCUACCGCGGCAUGGGUCCUCCCCUCGCAGGAGUCACGCCGAUGUUUGCUGUCAGCUUCUGGGGCUACGCCAUGGGCAAGAAGCUCGUCUACGCCAUGACCCCGAACCGCCCCUCCUCCGUCCUCUCGUACGGCGAGCUCGCCGCCGCCGGCUUCUUCUCCGCCAUCCCGACCACCCUCGUCGCCGCACCUGUCGAGCGCGUCAAGGUCCUGCUGCAGAUGCAGGGUCAGGGCGGCAAGCAGCUGUACAGCGGCCCGAUGGACGCUGUCGCCAAGCUGUACAAGGAGGGCGGCCUCAAGAGCAUCUACCGCGGCACCGGCGCGACGGUCGCUCGCGACGGUCCGGGCAGCGCAGCCUACUUUGUCGUGUACGAGAUGGUCAAGAAGUCGCUCACGCCGGCUGGGCAGGACCCGGCCGCGCUCUCGCUCAGCGCCGUUAUGAUCGCCGGUGGUUCGGCCGGUGUCGCCAUGUGGACGCUCGCGAUCCCGCCAGAUGUCGUCAAGUCGCGCCUGCAGGGUGCGCCCGAGGGCACGUACAAGGGCUUCAUGGACUGCGCGCGCCAGACGGUCGCCAAGGACGGCGUCGGCGCGCUCUUCAAGGGCUUCGGUCCGGCCAUGGCGAGGGCUUUCCCGGCCAACGCCGCCACCUUCCUCGGCGUCGAGCUCAGCAUGCAGCUCAUGAACAAGCUCUUCUAGGCGCUUGACGCGUCACCGUUGGCGCGACCGUCGUCGCCUGCCGGUCCGCCCUCCCUCCCUCCCUCCCUGCCUUGCCCUCUCUCGAGCCACCUCCACGAGGCGACCUUCGCUUGUUCCCUCCUUCCAGCUUUGCCCACCGCAGUAGAGUGUAGUCUUUGCAAAUCAGACGCUGUGCCACCUUUC